AUGAGUGAUGCAGAAGAUGAAUUACAAUUUGAGAGUUUAAUAGCUACAAGGGCUCGUCGUUCUAAUGCUGGGUCUCGAUUAAAACAAUUACUUGAAUUAGAAGAACAAUCCAAUGAAAUAACAACAACAAGGAAUCAAUUCGUAACAGAAGAUGAUGAAAACGUCGAUUUACUUUUUCAAGAAGAUGGAGACGAUGAGGAAUUUAUUGAUGAAGAUGUGGAUAAUGCAAAUCUAGAAGGGAUCGAUGAGGAUAGCGAUGAAGACGAUGAAGAUGGGGAAAAACUACAGAAGAAACGAAAACGUGAUGAAAAUGAAGAAAGCGAUGAUGAAGUUGAAGAAGAGGGAGCAUACGUCAAUCCAGAUGAAGUACUAUCUGAUUCAGAUCUUUCAGAAUCCGAUACAGAUGAAAGUGAAGGGGAAAAGGAGUUGAUUAGACAGGAAAAACUCAAGAAAAAGAAACAAAAGAAACAGAACCUAAUACCAACAAUCAAACAAGCACAACCGAAAUCUCCUGUGAAAAAGAAACAAAGAAGAAUACAUUUGAUAACUUCGGAUUCACUUUUGACAAGUAAUAGACGAUCUUCAUCUAGAGCAGCAGCAGUUGAGAGUAAACAAGCUUUAGUUGAUAAAUUAAAAGAAAGUGAAGCAAGAAGAGCCAAAUAUGUUCAUGUUGAAAGAAAGAAACAUGUUGAAUUAACACAAGAAGAAAGGUUAGCUGAAGCAGUGGAGACAGAAAAAGCUAAUGUUGAAUCAUUGAAUAGGUUUAGAGAACAAGAAAUUGUAAAGAAGGAAAGACAAAGACAAUUAUUACUACUGAAAAGGGUCAAACUUCAGAAUGUGAUACGAAUUGUGAGUAAAGAAUAUUUUACUAAACCAAUUGAGGAAGUAACCGAUGCCAGAAGACGCUAUGAAGAGUAUCUUAAACUCAGAAAGAAAUUGGGUAAAAAGAAAAAGAAUCAAUUAGAUAUUGAGAAUUUCCCCACAAAGAUGCCCUUCUCCAUAGACUAUGAAUCACCUUAUCAAAAGGCAUUAUUAGCAGAAAAGAAAAAGAAACAAGAAGAAGAGGAAAUCAAAAGACUUGAAUCAAUGAAUGAAAAGCUACAAGAGAUGUUAGAUGACGCAGAUAAGAUCAAAGUAGUAAAUGAAAAGGAUCCAGACAGUAUAGACAUUGAAAAGAAGGAAUCUGCAGAGGUGAUAGUACUAGAUGAAGAAGCGACGGACGAACAAAAGGACCAUGCAGAAGAAAUCAAGGAAGAAGUGAAGGAAUCUACAACUUCCGUAGAUGAAUCUGAGAAACAAGAUGUGGCAACUAAUCUGGAAUCUGUGGAUAGUGAAUUGAAAGUAGAGAAGAACAUUUCUACUGAUGAUAUAUCGACUGAAACAGUAUCCAUGAAUGAAUCCAAGAAUGAAUCCAAGAAUGAAUCCAAGAAUGAAGAGACUUCGCCAGUUGAACUAAAACAAGAAGAAAACGAACAGGUAUCCGAAACCAACAAUGAUGAUGCCCCUGAGAAUGAGAAAGAUAAUAUCAAUGCUAAUAAUACCCCUGAUACAAUUAUAGAAGAUCCAAUUAAAAGAGUUAAAUUUGCUGAUGAAGUCGAGUCUCAAUCGUCAAAGGAAAACACCCCAGCUGUUGAGUUGAAAACCGAGCCGAAGGAGAAAACAGAGGAUGAAGAUGCUGAGAUAUUUGAAGGUCCAGUACAACGUGUGUGUCGAAACAUGAUAUAUCUCGUUGAUUUCGAUGAAGAUAGAAAAGACUUAAGACUCAAUUCUCAAAAUAUCAAGAAGUUUCUUUUUGGGAAACAAUCACUUUUGCCUGCUUCAAGAAGGUUUAAAGAUGUAAAGACGAUACUAACUAUUGGUAAAGUUGAAAAUCCUUAUGCUGUUGUAAAACAAGAGAAGGAUAGGUUAUUUGAAAGAGCCUCUGAUCUUAAAGAAGAUGACCCAAUGUUUGAUGAAUUGAAGAAAUUACCGAAACUAGGAAUCAAACAAGAUAUCGUUGAAGUCGAGGAAAAUAAAGAGGAGUCGGAAUCUACAGCAAUUGUUUUGAAAACAGAAGCUCCAACUGGUUUGUAUCUUCCAAAUGGUAAUAAGAAGAAUUGCAUGAUUUCGGGAACUGAAGUUAAAUAUUUCGAUCCAUCUACUGGUAUUCCAUAUAGCUCAGUUGAAGCAUACAAAAUUCUCAAGUCAAUAGAACAAGGCCAAGUACCUUGGUUAAGUUUCACUGGAGAACAUAAUGAUACUGGUAAUGUUGAACUUUAUUUAGGCUCAAGAGAUGGUUCUACAAGACAUGCUCAAGGUGUCCCAGAAGGAUUUGAUGGUUAG